CUGGAAUGAAAGUGAACCCUUUUUUCCUGAUGAUAAAAAUUACACCACCUCAUUGUUUUUAUAAGUAAAUCAAGCAGUAUUAAGUACGCGUGAAGAAGGGCAGUAAGUACCCGAAAUUCCACCGUCCAAGAGAACCCUUUCCAUUUGGGUCUACUGCGGAGGUGGUACAAUAGAAGCUAUCCUGAUUGAAGAAAUUUAUCAAUGAUUGUACUGUAUAUUGGAAGUAGAACCUGGAGUCAAGAUUUUCCCACCUUAAGCAAUUUUGAUGGCAGAAAGAAGGUCCUACAGUGUAAAGGAAGCAAUGGAAGAACUCAUGGGACCUAGUGGACAAAAUUGGGCUAAUAUGGAUGCAGAAGAACAAAUGUUGGCGGCUGCUACAGCUUUCACCCAGAUCUGUGCAGGGCGGGGUGAGGGAGAUGUCAGGAGAGAAGCCCAGUCGACCCAAUAUGAUCCCUACAGCAAAGCUUCAAUAAACCCAGGAAAGCGACGUGCUCUUCCUGUGCAACUGCAGUACCCACAUGCAAAAAGUAAUGUCACUUCAGACACAGUCUCAGAGGCCUCCCAAAGACUCCGAAAGCCAGUGAUGAAGAGAAAGGUGCUGCGCAGGAGGCCGGAUGGGGAAGUGUUAGUGACAGAUGAGUCAAUUAUCAGUGAAUCAGAGUCUGGUGCAGAAAGUGAUAUGGAUCUCUGGGACUUAAGACAGAGGUUGAUGAGCCUUCAGUUCCAGAAAGACAGGGAGUCCCCUGUUGAUAUUUCAGAAAAACUUAAUCUACCACAUGAACAUCAGCUCAACUGCUAUCUACAAAGAGAAGGAAUGGACCCUCCAGCUUAUGAACAAGACCUGAUUGUUGCCAGUCGACCCAAAUCCUUUAUUCUCCCAAGGCUGGACCAGUUAAGCCGAAACCGGGGCAAGAUAGACAGGGUAGCCCGCUAUUUUGAGUACAAACGAGACUGGGACUCAAUGCGGUUACCUGGUGAAGAUCACAGGAAGGAAUUACGCUGGGGUGUCCGAGAGCAGAUGCUCUGUCGAGCAGAACCCCAGCCCAAGCCUCAGCACAUUUAUGUUCCAAACAAUUAUCUAGUACCGACUGAAAAGAAAAGGUCUGCCCUCUGUUGGGGUAUCCGUUGUGACCUUGCCAAUGGGGUCAUGCCCAGGAAGCUUCCCUUUCCUCUUUCUCCUUCUUAAGUCUUUUUUUUUUUUUUUUUAACCCGGGUCUCCUUUCACAAGACUGGGAUAACCUGGUAUUUUAUAGCUUUCCUUUUAUUUAAGUAGAAACAACUAAUUUGAAGCUCAUGGCACAUUAUAGAAGGACUUCACCCACCAUUGGUUUUUCCUAGGUAUAUAUCACACUGGUAUCAGAUGCCACUUAACUGCCAAAUUACCAUUCAAAUCCAGCAAUGCACGAGAAGUCAUGUCAGAGGAAGGAAAACAGACCCGGCCUCUCUACUUGGCAGAUCAGUAAGCAAAGUCAGCUAGCACUGUUUCUGUUCUGUACUCUUUACCUUUGGCCAAUGUGAGUUGCUGUUUUUAUUAGUGUGUUUUUAAAGUUGCUGGGUGUUAAGCUUAUUCAUUAAAGAAUUUUGGAAAUUUG